AUGUUGGCCGAAAAAUCAGACACAUUUGAUACAGUAGAACAGGCCACAGAAGAGGAAAAGAUCAGAGACUUGCCUGGACAAAAUCCUUCAGUAACCCGACAAAGCCCUCCACUGAAUGGGCCUCGACGGACGGGUAAUCCGGUUCAAGGAAUUUUGGAUUUGGCUACUAAUAGUCAGGAACUUCAACAGCUUACAACAGCUACAGCAGCAAAAAUUGAUUCUCUUAAGAAAUGGACUUUGACUACUUACAAAAAUACAAAACAUUUGUAUUUAGAACAUAUGGGAAAGAUUGACAAAACAUCAGAUCUCGAUUUAAAUGCACGAAUUGCAGAACUUCAAGAAUUACGAAAAUGUUAUAGAGAAUUGCUUUCGAAUGCUCGUAAUUUUACCAAUUAUAUGGUUCUUGCAAAUAAUAUGCAAAAGGGUAUGGCAAGUGCUUUGUGUGAAUUGGCUACUAAAGAGACGGCUAUUUCUAAAGAAUUAAAUAUGCAAAGCGAGCUCUUCUCUGUUAUGGGACAACACAGCGAACCUUUGCAAAGAAGUUUGUCACUAUUUUUGUCUUCACUUCAAACACUUUGUGAUAAUACUAUUGAGGAUACUUUUUUGACUAUUGAAAGCCAUAACCAGGCUCGACUCGAAUUCGAUGUCGGUCGUAAAGAAUUACAAGCAGCACGUGAAAACCCUAACAGUACUGCUCAAACAAUUGCUGUUUUAGAAGAACAAUGUAAUCAACAAAGGGCAAAAUAUGAACAAUUGAAGGAAGAUGUUAGGGCAAAACUUGUUUUAUUAGAAGAAAAUCGUUGCAAAGUUAUGCGAAAACAAAUUUUAGCUUUACACAAGGCUUUUGGUCAAUGCCAUUUAAAUUGUUCUCAAGCAGUAGAAAAUUCAACAGGCUCAAAUGAUUUUACAAAAAUGGCCGUUUUAAAUGGUGGACAAGACUCUUUACCGACAAAUUUGGCUUAUGGGGGAAGUAAUGGAUUCCAGUCAUUUUUGGAGAAAUAG